UAGUACUGGAUUCGAUUAACUGGGUAUUGUUCAAACUUCACGGAUCGUUGAAUCUCAUCAUCAGUUUAUAGUUAAUUGUAUUCUUUUUGUGACGAGCAGCUGUAUGAUUAAUACUUUCAUGUAUGAACAAGGGGAUGUUUCCUUGACUAUAAUUUGGUGUAACUCAUGGGACGCGAGUUAAAAUCAACCAUCGGCGCCGACUGAAUUGGACAGUGGAAGUGGAAUUCAGAAUCAGUUUUUUGACUAGAUGAUACCAUUUGGAAUUGCAGUUGCAAGUUCGUGUUUCAAGCAAUUUUAGCCACGCCAGUGGCAUAUUGCAAAUGCAAUGGGUUAUGUCUUCUCCAAGAUCUGGAGUCUUUUCAACAAUGAAGAACACAAGGUGAUCAUAGUAGGCCUGGAUAAUGCAGGCAAGACAACAAUACUCUAUCAAAUCUUGAUGAACGAGGUGGUGCAUACGUCGCCCACCAUCGGUAGCAAUGUGGAGGAAGUCACAUGGAAAAACAUACACUUUUUAAUGUGGGACAUAGGGGGGCAGGAUUCGCUACGCACAGCAUGGAGCACGUACUAUGCAGGCACACAGUUUAUCAUUCUAGUAAUUGAUAGCACCGACAGAGAAAGGUUGCACAUAAGCAAAGCAGAACUCUACCAGAUGUUAGCUAAUGAGGACCUGAGGCAUGCUGCGGUGCUCCUCUACGCAAACAAACAAGACCUCAAGGGCUCCAUGUCAUCGGCGGAAAUCUCACAACAGCUCAACCUAACAUCAGUCAAAGAUCAUGCGUGGCAUAUACAGGCCUGCUGUGCUCUUACAGGAGAGGGAUUAUAUCAAGGCUUAGAAUGGAUCGCCAAUCAGAUCAGAAGAUGACGAAGGUUUCUCUCCCAUCUGUCACUCUGUCUCUUCAAUGUCCUCCAUUCUCAGUCUCUUUUUGAUAUCCUAGAAGUAGCUAGCAGAAGAGCCUUUUGUAGUUCUACUCAAACUCUCGACAGUGGGAACAGGCCAGCAAGUAUCCAGCUCUCCGGCAAACUUGAAAAGUCUCCACAAGUCCCCAACUCUGAUGGAUGUAUUGCCAAGUACAGUAAUGUAAGAACAGGGUCGUGUACAUGUAAAUAAAAGCCAAGAAUGGUCAACCAACACUUUGCCACGAAGUGAUCUUAGGAGCAACAGAUCGUCACUUAUUACAUAGGAAAGCACAUGAGCUACUCCUCUAACGACAGAAUGUGUUAUACUGAAUCCUGUUCACACUGUUUAGAUUUUGAGUGUCUACAUACUGUCUGUCUUUGGACACAUUGCCCUACCAUAGAGAACACACCACAAAAGGGGCUAAGCACCACUCAAGAAGUACUUCAUAGCAUUAUGGGAACUCACCUCACAGUUGCUCGCCACUGUUUGUUGUAACACACACGGAGACCCAAUGACCCAUCUCUGGAAUAGUUUUUGAAAUCUGCGAGUGCAAAAAGGACUCGUAUGCCAUCUUCUGAACAUGGAGUACAU